AUGCCCAGCAGGAACGCGUCGGGAAGCAGCUUCGACUUCAAUACCUUCCUGGCGCCCCUCACAGACCAGGACCAGGACCCCGAUCAGGAACAAGAUCGCGACCGAAGCUCCUACGUCCAGCAUCAGCUUCACCACUUCGAGCCUCGCCACAUCGCCGACCCUGGCUUCCGCCCAAUUCCCGUUCACGGUACACCCUCGCUUGUUGCGACAGCACCUGCCGCUUCCUAUCCCGGCACUCCCUCGACCGAGAAGAAACAGACGAAGAAGAAUCAGAGCAAGAAGGAGAGCAAGGCAGCUCAGGGCCUCCACAAGGCACAAGACAAGCAGCGCCAGAAGCGCCAGGCGUCACAGCCCACCACCCCCACUCCCAGGAAGCCGCCUUCCACCCCGGCGAAGAAGACCGUCACCAUGUCGAGCCAGACGGGCAAGUUCCGGGAUGACCAGAUCCUCGUCAUCUGCCCCGGAAGUCACACAACCAUGGCCCAGCUCGGCUGCGGCGAGCUCACGCCCCCGGCGCAUCGCAUCCCCACGCGCAUGUUCAAGGACAGCGACAGCGACGAGUGGCGUCCCUACCACACCUACAAGCGCAAGAAGGCCCGCACCGACAACGCGCCUGCCUCUGGCGCCGAAGAUGAGUACGAAUGGGUCGAGGACACGGAUUCUGACGAGGGCGCUGUGUAUCCCAUUGUUGCUGGUCGCAUCGUUAACAUGAAUGCCUUCCUCGCCUUCCUCGACCAUGUUCACGGUCUGCUGACGACCACGUACCAUAACACCCCGAUCGUUCUCAUGGUCUCCCCUCAGUGGGCUCGCCCCCAUACCGAGAUGAUUGCCCGCUACAUCUUCGAGAACACGCGCACGCCCGCUCUCUGCAUGAUCCACAGUGGCCUCGCAACGACCUAUGGUGUUAGAUGGACCAAUGCUACCGUUGUCGACAUUGGCUUCGAAAAGGUCGAUGUGUCCUGCAUCUACGAGGGUCGCGUAGUUGCUCACCGAAUGCUGGGCAACUUCAACCCCGAACGGAUCAUUGCUGGCGGCGAAGUCUUCACCCGCAAGCUUCAAAGUUUGCUCAAGGACAAAGGCUUCACGUACGACAUGGCUGAGCAGCUGAAGAAGAGCCCCAUUGCCGAAGCUCUUCCCUACAACCCCGAGGCUGAAGCACGCAUGGAUCUCCCUACCGCCUCCACGGCUGGCGUCGCUGCAAACGCUGUCGUUGGUGAUGGCGCUGCAGCUGCCAUUCCCGACGCCCCCAAGAUUGAUCCCUCUAAGCCCGUCGUCGAGGGUGGCAUUGAUGAUGAUGCUGCUGCUACCACCACGACCGGCGAUAAUGACGGCGUUCUCGAUAUUACUAGCAUCGUCACCAGCGGCCAGACUCGCGAGUUCCUUGCCAAGAAGGAAAAGGAAAAGACCGCCGCCGGACCCGGCAAAGGACGGAAGGGAAAAGCACAGGAGGCCGAAACUGCCCGGCUGACCCGGCUCCCAAACUCGAAGCGAACCCACAAUAUCUUCCACUACGAGGAGGUCAUCCAGGAGGAGCCCCAGCAGGAGCCAAAGCCCAACGGUGCAUCCAAAGAAACCAAUGCUUCCGUUGACGGCAACAGCAAUGGUAACGACAAAGACGUCGACAUGACUGACGAGCCCAAGACCGACAGCGCCGCCGCGCCCGUUUCCGCCGAUGAAGCCAAGCCCUCUGAGCCCACCUCUGAGACGGCCGAGUCCAAGACGGACGCCAAUGGCGUUGAGGUCAAGGCUGAAGCGACCCCUGCCCCGCCGGCUCCCGAGUCCGUCGCUGCUGUGGCCUCCGAGAUUCCCGAGGCGGACACUACCGUGGCCCUGAACGCGCAGCCUGUAAACAAACGCGUCCGUCGCGAUAUUGAGGUUGGCCUUGAGCGUUUCCUCUUUGUUAACCGCGAUGAGGUUGAUCGCAUCGUCGGCACUAUCUACCGCACCAUUCAGGAGAGUGUCUACGAAAUGUACAUGCGCCCCGCCUGCUGGGACAACAUUGUCAUUGUUGGAGGCGGUGCCCGUCUGCGCGGCCUCCGCGAGAACAUCUACCAGACCCUGCUGGCCCGUCACCUCGUUUCGCCCAGCACUGCCACCAUGUUCACCUCGGAGCUUCCCUCCAACAUGGCCACGCCUACCGGUACCGGAGCGCAGACCCCCACCGGGUCCUUCACAGGUGCUCCCCAUCAGCUCGGCCCCUCCGGCACCACGUCGUCCGGCGUCAACCCCCUGCUGCAGGCUGCUACCACCGCCUCCUCGUUCGGCCUCCCGCCUGGCGGACCCUCUACUCCGGGCGCCCCUGGCAGUGCCGUCGGCGAUCCCAACAGCACCUCGGGCGGCCACUCGUACCACUUCCACAGCCAGACGCCCACGAGCAUCAAGCUGGCACCCAUGCCCACCUACCUGACGCAGUGGACCAAGCACGGCUUCGAGGAUGCCAUGUUCCUCGGCUGUCUGGUGGCCGGUCGGCUCGCCUUCACCGUCCACAACCUGGACAUGGCCAGCCUUGACGCCCAGCGCAUGAUGAGCCUGAAUCGUAUCGAGUACAACGAAAUGGGCCCCAAGGGCAUCCGUACCCACUCGAUGCUCCAGUAA